AUGAAACUUGAGAACCUCACUAGUUCAUUUGCUUUUUGGUCUUUGUUCCUUCAUGUGAUUCUUCUCUAUUUUGUGAGCUUAUUACAACAGACAGGCACCGUUGCCAAUACAUUAGGCAAUGAAACUGACAGGUUUGCUCUGCUCAAAUUCAAAGAAAUGAUUUCCAGCGGUCCGUAUGGAGUCAUGAGCUCGUGGAACGAUUCCGUUCACUUUUGCAAAUGGCCUGGAAUUUCAUGUGGCAAACGACAUCAAAGGAUAACAGCCUUGGACUUACAUGGCUAUAACUUGAGAGGGCUCAUGUCACCUUACAUUGGAAACCUCAGCUUUUUGAGGUUCAUUUACCUUGGUGAAAAUAGUUUCUUCGGUGAAAUCCCACCGCAAGUCGGUCAUCUGCGUCGGCUGCGACAUCUCAAUCUUAGUUACAACAUGUUGCAAGGAAAAAUUCCGGUCAACUUGAGCCACUGCUCAAAGCUGAGGAUCUUAAGACUCCGAAAAAACAAACUUACUGGAGUGAUUCCCUUGGAGCUUGGCUCUUUGCUAAAGCUUGUGGAGCUUGGUCUUUCCGUUGAUAAUCAUUUUAAAGGCAUUCUUCCUCCCAACAUCGGCUUCACACUACCUAAUCUUCAGAUUUUUUUCAUUAGUGGUAAUGAAUUCUCUGGGACAAUUCCAAGUUCUAUUCCGAAUGCUACUGAACUUCAAGUAUUUGAAUGUUUGGAUAAUAAAUUUUUCGGACAAGUUCCCACUAAUUUGGGAAAUCUUCCGGAUCUUCGGUGGCUCGGAUUAGGUCGUAAUAUCUUAGGAAAUAAUUCAGCUAAUAGCUUGGAUUUUAUUCCACCUUUAACAAAUUGUAGCAAACUAGAAAUAUUGGGUCUGAGUGAGAACAAUUUUGGAGGUGUUUUACCCAACUCUAUAGCUAAUUUGUCAACCCGACUCACUAAGCUUUUUCUUGAAGCCAAUCAAAUAUCUGGAAGUAUUCCUACAUCGUUGGAAAAUCUGGUAAACUUAAUGAUCUUGUCCAUGUGGGAUAAUCGGUUCACUGGUGUUAUUCCAACUUCUCUUGGGAAGUUGCAAAAUUUACAGGUUUUGUAUUUGGACCACAACAGAUUAUCUGGAAAGAUCCCUUCAUCCAUAGGAAACCUCAUUCAUAUAUCUGAUCUUUUUCUAGGACAUAACAGGUUAGAAGGAACUCUUCCUCCAAACUUUGCAAACCUCCGAAAUAUGCAAUACCUUGAUAUUUCAAACAACAACCUAGGUGGAGCAAUACCCAAAGGAGUUUUAAGUCUUCUCUCACCUAUCCAUUUUGACUUUUCUUCGAACUCAUUCACCGGAAGCCUUCCUAUGGAAGUGGGUAAGCUAAAGAAUAUAAAUCAGCUUGAUUUGUCGGAAAACAAUCUGACUAGUGAGAUUCCAGAAACAAUUGGGGAUUGUCAAACUCUCGAAUUCCUUCUCCUCCAAGGAAAUUCCUUCCAAGGUAUCAUGCCUUCUACAUUGGCUUCUUUAAGAGAGGGAGAAGUACCAAAGAAAGGUGUAUUCCAGAAUGCAAGUGCUGUAUCGUUUGUUAGAAAUUCUAAGCUCUGUGGUGGUGUACCGAAAUUGCAGCUUCCUCCAUGUCCCAUCAAAGCAUCAAAGAAACGAAUGACAGUAGAUCUCAAACUGAAAAUCAUAAUAGUUUCAGUGGUUGUUCUUUUCCUUCUGCUUUCAGCUUUGCUUGUCUUUUAUUGGAGGAGGAAAUAUGUUAGCAAAUCGCCUUCUGCACUCUUAGAAAUAAGCUUCCUUUCCACUGUUUCAUACAAAAGGCUCUAUCAGGCAACUAGUGGAUUCUCUCCAAGCAUGUUGAUCGGAACAGGAAGCUUCGGCUCUGUAUAUAAAGGAAUUCUUGAGCAAGAAGAAAGUGUAGUUGCUGUGAAGGUCCUCAAUCUUCAGCAGAAAGGAGCUUCCAAGAGCUUCAUUGAUGAAUGCAAAGCAUUGAGAAAUAUCCGGCAUCGGAAUCUUGUUAAGAUCUUAACAUGUUGCUCGAGCAUGGAUUACAAGGGCAACGACUUCAAGGCUUUAAUAUUUGAGUAUAUGUCUAAUGGAAGCCUAGACAAGUGGCUGCAUUCGUUGGAGGGUGGAAAUAACCAAUCAAUGGGUUUGAACCUAAUUCAGAGGUUAAAUAUUGCUAUAGAUGUGGCAUCUGCAAUAGACUAUCUUCAUGACCAUUGUGAACAGUCGAUUAUUCACUGCGACUUGAAACCUAGCAAUGUCCUUCUCGACAAUGAAAUGAUUGGUCAUGUUAGUGACUUUGGAUUAGCAAGGUUGGUCUCAAACACCACCGGUCUAUCCGCAAGUCAAAGUAGCACAAUUGGAAUAAAGGGAACUAUUGGCUACAUUGCUCCAGAGUACGCAACCGGUGGUGAGCCAUCAAAACAGGGAGAUGUCUAUAGCUAUGGGAUCCUUGUGUUGGAGAUGUUCACAGGAAGAAGGCCCACUGAUGAAAUGUUCAAAGACGAUUUCAAUCUCCAUAACUUCGUUAAGAUGGCAUUGCCGGAAAGACUUGUGCGAAUUGUGGACUCUUCUCUUCUCCCCACAGAAGUAGAAGAAAACGCAACGAGAGCUAGUGAAGAUCGAAGAGACAAUGGGAACAAUGGAAGCGUUGAGAUUGACAUAGAAGAAGAAAACAUCGACUUCGAAAACCGGAACCAAAUCAGCGCUCAUCUGCAGAAGUGCUUGGUUUCGGUCCUGGAGAUUGGACUUGCAUGUUCAAAAGAAUCACCAAAUGAGAGAAUCAACAUUGGAGAUGUGACCAGGGAGUUACAGCACAUCAAAAAUGCUUUUAUGGAUGUUGAAGUCCGUGGACAGAGAAGAAGGUCCAGCCAAAUAAGAGGUGCUUGAAACUUUUCUAAUAGGAAUCAGACGAUGAACUUGCAAUCUGCUCUUCAACCGAAGUGGUC